AUGGCUCGCCGCCCAUAUGAUAUGUUGUUCAAAUUAUUGCUCAUAGGAGAUUCAGGUGUCGGAAAAACUUGCAUUCUAUAUCGAUUUUCUGAUGACGCAUUCAACACAACUUUCAUCUCAACAAUUGGUGAGUUUUUCGGUUUUGCCGGUGAAAAAUAAAAGAUUUUGAGCCGAAAUUCAGUGAUUUUGGUCAAAAAUCUAUCUAGGCGCUGGUUAUUUGAGGAAAAAUUAGCAGCGCCUAUGUAUAAACUUGAGAGACGCAGAGAAAAAUAAGCAGCGCCCAAGAAUUAGCUUGGGAAAAAGUGGGCGCUGCUUAUUUUUCUCUGCACUCUCUCAAAAUAUUGCAUAGGCGCUGCUAAGCUCCACCCACUUUUAAAAUAGCAGCGCCUAUGUAUAAACUCUGCGUCUCUCAUUCUGCUCACCACGAAUUAUCGAUUUUUUGUCAUUUCAGGAAUCGAUUUCAAAAUCAAGACGAUUGAAUUGAAAGGAAAGAAGAUCAAGCUACAAAUUUGGUGGGUUUUUGGAAAGAAUAUUGAUUUUUAGCGUGAAAAUCAUGAAAAAUUCAAAUUUCCACCUAAAAAUCCACGUUUUUGCAGGGAUACAGCCGGACAAGAGCGUUUCCACACAAUCACAACAUCAUAUUAUCGCGGUGCGAUGGGAAUUAUGUUGGUUUAUGAUAUUACGAAUGCGAAGAGUUUUGAUAAUAUUGCGAAAUGGUUGAGAAAUAUUGAUGAGGUAAGAAUUACGGGUUUUUGAUGGAGAAAAUAAAGAAAAAUGCGAGAAAAUGAGCUAGAAAUCGAUUUUUUGAGUGGAAAAUGAGCCCUGGAGCAUGUUUUUGAGUCAAAUUUUAGUUCUGGGGCUUAUUUUUGACCUGAAAUUAAAUUUUGAUAUCAAAAUUUAGCUCCAGAGCUCAAAAAUUCAAAAUUUCACUAAAAACGGGCGGCGGAGCUCAUGUUUUACCUAAAAAAAAAGUCGAAUUUUGGCUCAAAAUCUUGCUCCUGAUCGCAAAAAUCCGAAUUUUCUGAAAUUUUCAGCACAAAAACCCUCUAUAAUUUUUUUCAGCACGCCUCUGAAGAUGUGGUAAAAAUGUUGCUGGGAAAUAAAUGUGAUAUGGCUGAUCGAAGAGUUGUGAGUAGAGAAAGAGGCGAAAAAAUUGCACAGGAUCAUCAGAUUAAGUGAGUUUUUCGAGGGGAAAUCUGGAAUUUUCAGCCAAAAAUCAAUUAUUUCAAUUUCAGAUUUCACGAAACAUCGGCAAAACUCAAUGUCCACGUUGACACCGCAUUUUAUGAUUUGGCUGAGGCGAUUUUGGCCAAGGUGAGUGAAAUUUUUGAGAAAAAAGAAGCACAGGAAAUUUUUGGCGCCAAGAAAUCCCCAAAUCUGAUUUUUUUGACCUACCUGUCAAAAAAACCAGCUUUUCCUCACUUUUUUCAACCUAUAAUUAUCCUGUAUCAUCCAUUUAGUAGCUUUUGUCCCAUAUAAUUGCGAAAAUUUAUGAAAAAGUUACUUAUUCUCUCAAUUAAAUUGAACACAUUAGACGAAAACUGGAUUUUUGGCGCCAAAAAGUUGAAUUUUUGAGUUUGCAGCGUGUUUUGACGCCAGAGGAAAUGCGCUUCAAAGUGGGCGCUGCUUAUUUUUCUCUGCGCUCUCUCAAAAUAAUACAUAGGCGCUGCUAAGCUCCGCCCACUUUUUCGAAAAUAAGCAGCGCCUAUGUAUUAAAUUGAGAGAGCGCAGAGAAAAAUGAGCAGCGCCCACUUUUUGUUGAAGAAUUUAAGGCGCUGCUUAUUUUUCUCUGCGCUCUCUCAAAAUAAUGCAUAGGCGCUGCUAAGCUCCGCCCACUUUUUGAAAAUAGGCAGCGCCUAUGUAUUAAGUUGAGAGAGCGCAGAGAAAAAUAAGCAGCGCCCACUUUUCAAUGCAGAAAUGUGGGCGCUGCUUAUUUUUCUCUGCGUCUCUCGAAAUAAUGCAUAGGCGCUGCUAAGCUCCGCCCACUUUUUGAAAAUAGGCAGCGCCUAUGUAUUAAGUUGAGAGAGCGCAGAGAAAAAUAAGCAGCGCCCACUUUUCAAUGCAGAAAUGUGGGCGCUGCUUAUUUUUCUCUGCGUCUCUCGAAAUAAUGCAUAGGCGCUGCUAAGCUCCGCCCACUUUUUGAAAAUAAGCAGCGCCUAUGUAUUGAAUAUUCAAAUUUUCUAGUGGAAAAUUGAAAAAUUUCAAAUUUCAGAUGCCCGAAUCAUCAGACGAGCACAAAAACGAGACUGUGGUUCCUGGACAAGGACAACGUCAAACCGGAAAUGGUGGAUGUUGUUAA